AUGCCUCAUUCCACCGUGCAUUCACAUACACUCAUCUCCGACGACUCUGUUCUCCUUUUCCCUGAUCUCAUCUCAUACUGUGCCUAUCCUCUUCGUGUCAACCCAUACGGCCGCUCGGUCGCAGAUGAUUCCGAACGAUGGCUCCUCAAUGGCGCACACCUCUCCGACAAGAAGCGCAAAGCCUUCCUACGCCUGAGGGCCGGUGACCUUGCCUCGAUGUGCUACCCAGAUGCUUCUGCCAAAUCUCUACGUGUCGUCGCCGACUAUAUGAACUAUCUGUUCAAGCUCGAUGACUGGACGGACGAGUUCGAGGCUGAAGACGUCGACGGGAUGCGUGACUGCGUUCUGGCGGCACUGCGAGACCCUCUUCACUACGAGACGGACAAAGCGGUGGGAAAGCUGGCCAAGUCGUUCUUUGGACGUUUCGUUCAGCACGGCGGCCCACUUCGCACGAAAAGGUUCAUCGACACCAUGGUACUAUUCUUCCGUGCCGUCCGGCAGCAAGCUCUGGAUCGCACUUACGACGACAUCCCUGAUCUCGAAUCGUACAUCGCCCUUCGUAGGGACACCAGCGGGUGCAAACCGUGCUUCGCUCUCAUCGAAUUCGCAGGCGGAUAUGACCUCCCGGAUGCCGUCGUCGAACAUCCAUCUAUUCAGAUCCUCCAAGAUGCGACGAAUGACUUAGUCACCUGGUCGAAUGAUAUCUUCUCUUAUAACGUCGAGCAGUCGCGUGGGGACACACAUAACAUGGUCGUUGUCCUCAUGCAUGAACAAGGUCUCGCGGUCCAGGAGGCCAUUGAUGCCGUCGCGGAUCUGUGUGAACGUAGCAUCGACACCUUCGAACAGACCAGACGUUCGUUGCCCUCAUGGGGUCCUAUUGUUGAUAGCAACGUGGAGUCCUACAUCGACGGUCUUCAAAACUGGAUCAUCGGGUCUCUUCACUGGUCCUUUUUGACCGAACGGUAUUUUGGGAAGGACCGUCGGGACGUCAAGAGGAAAUUGUUCGUCAAGUUGCUCGCGAAGAGGUGUUGAGCGAUAGCCUCGUCUUCUACCAUAGUUCCUUAGUUUGCCUCCAGUCUCUCAUACCAAACACUCCUUAA